UUGUUUUUGAACCAAAGUAAAACCUCAGGGCUCUCUCGCAUCUUCUUCUCCGGUCCACGAUGCCCUUGUUACGACUGUCUCCGUGUCUACUCCUCCUCACCGUCUGGUUCUUGUGUAUUCCCGGUUCGGUUCACGUUGUUCGAGCUCAAAACCAAACCGGAGCCACUACUCAUCCCGACGAUGCACGUGCUUUGAACACAAUCUUCGCGACAUGGAAGAUUCGUGCGCCGAAGGAAUGGAACAUAAGCGGCGAGCUUUGCUCCGGCGCCGCCAUCGACGACAGUAUCUCCGUCAACAACGGUGCUUACAACCCACUAAUCAAAUGCGGCUGUAAUUUCGUCAACUCCACAAUCUGCCGCAUCACGGCUUUGAAGGUUUAUGCGAUAGAUGUUGUAGGAACUAUACCUGAUGAGCUCUGGACUUUGGAAUAUCUCACAAAUCUGGACCUGGGUCAGAAUGUUCUGUCAGGAUCCUUGUCUCCUGCAAUUGGAAACCUGACUCGAAUGGAAUGGAUGACUUUUGGGAUCAAUGCGUUGUCUGGCCCUGUUCCUAAGGAAAUUGGUCUGCUUACAGAUUUGAAAUUACUUAGCAUUAGUUCAAAUAACUUUUCCGGUUCUAUGCCAGCUGAGAUUGGGAGCUGUACAAAACUACAACAAAUCUAUAUAGAUAGUUCUGGACUCAGCGGGGGAAUACCUUUAUCAUUUGCUAAUCUUGUGGAGCUACAAGUCGCUUGGAUUAUGGAUCUGGAAGUUACAGGUCGGAUACCAGACUUUAUAGGAAAUUGGACCAAACUUACCACCUUGAGAAUUCUCGGAACUGGUUUGAGUGGUCCUAUACCGUCGUCAUUUUCAAACUUAACUUCUUUGACAGAGCUGAGGCUAGGUGAUAUAACCAAUGGAAACUCUUCUCUUGAAUUCAUCAAAGACAUGAAAUCUCUAAGUACAUUAGUAUUGAGGAACAACAAUCUCACGGGGACAAUACCGUCUAAUAUUGGAGAAUACUCAAGUUUGCAACAAGUUGAUUUAAGCUUCAACAAACUACAUGGACCUAUUCCGGCUUCACUUUUCAACUUAAGUCGACUUACUCACUUGUUUCUGGGAAAUAACACGUUGAAUGGUUCCUUGCCCUCACAAAAGCUGCAGUCUUUAAGCAAUAUAGAUGUGUCGUACAAUAAUUUGUCUGGAAGUCUUCCUUUGUGGGUCAGCUUACCAAACUCGAAUUUCAACCUAGUUGCUAACAACUUCACAUUGGAAGGUCUUGACAACAGGGUUUUAUCAGGACUGAACUGCCUGCAGAAGAACUUCCCCUGCAAUCGAGGCAAAGGAAUAUAUUUUAACUUUUCGAUCAACUGUGGAGGCCCGGAGAAAAGGUCUGUCAGCAGAGCAUUAUUUGAGAAGGAUGAAGCGGAUCUUGGACCAGCUUCGUUUUUCGUGAAUGCUGCUAAUAGAUGGGCAGCCAGUAGCAUAGGUCUUUUUGCCGGAAGUAGCAAUAAUAAUUACAUAGUUACUUCACUAUCACAAUUUACCAACACGUCGGACUCAGAGCUUUUUCAGUCAGCAAGACUUUCUGCAUCCUCUCUAAGGUAUUAUGGGUUGGGGCUAGAAAAUGGAGGCUAUACUGUAACACUUCAGUUUGCUGAAAUACAAAUCGAAGGUUCUAACUCUUGGAAAGGUGUUGGAAGACGACGUUUUGACAUUUAUGUCCAGGGAAGACUCGUUGAAAAGGAUUUUGAUAUACGUAGAACAGCUGGUGGCUCUUCAAUUAGAGCAGUUCAGAGAGAAUAUAAAGCAAAUGUAUCAGAAAAUUACCUCGAAAUUCAUCUUUUCUGGGCUGGGAAAGGAACAUGUUGUAUUCCUAUUCAGGGGGCUUAUGGACCACUAAUAUCGGCCGUUAGUGCAACACCAGAUUUUACACCAACUGUGGAUAACGAGCCACCAUCAAAGGGAAAGAACAGGACUGGCAUUAUUGUGGGUGUCAUUAUUGGCGUGGGACUUUUGGGCAUCUUUGCGGGUGGGUUUAUCUUCAUCAUCCUCAAAAGAAGGAAACCGUACACAGAUGAUGAAGAGCUACUUAGUAUGGAAAUAAAGCCUUACACUUUUACAUACUCGGAACUUAAAAGUGCAACUCAAGAUUUUAAUCUCUCAAACAAGCUUGGAGAGGGUGGAUUUGGGCCUGUUUAUAAGGGAAACCUCAAUGAUGGAAGAGAGGUAGCUGUGAAGCUGUUGUCUGUUGGAUCCCGGCAAGGGAAGGGACAAUUUGUUGCAGAAAUUGUAACAAUUUCUACAGUUCUACAUCGCAACCUAGUAACACUUUACGGGUGCUGCUAUGAAGGAGAUCAUCGUUUGCUCGUAUAUGAGUAUCUCCCUAAUGGAAGUCUCGAUCAGGCACUAUUUGGGGAUAAAAGUUUACAUCUUGAUUGGUCAACCCGUUUUGAGAUAUGUCUGGGAGUAGCCAGAGGUCUAGUCUAUCUCCACGAGGAGGCGAGGGUUCGCAUAGUACACAGGGAUGUCAAGGCCAGCAAUAUUUUGCUUGACUCUAAUCUAGUCCCAAAAGUUUCAGAUUUUGGGCUUGCCAAACUAUACGAUGACAAGAAAACCCACAUAAGUACCAGAGUUGCAGGGACAAUUGGAUAUCUUGCGCCAGAGUAUGCAAUGCGUGGACUUCUAACAGAGAAAACAGAUGUGUAUGCCUUUGGUGUUGUGGCCCUUGAGCUAGUCAGUGGAAGGCCAAACUCUGAUGAGAACUUGGAGGAUGAAAAAAGAUAUCUUCUUGACUGGGCAUGGAAACUACGCGAGAAAAGCCGUGAAGUCGAACUAAUAGAUGAUGAGCUAAGUGAAUUCAACAUGGAAGAAGUGAAACGUGUGAUUGGCAUUGCUCUGCUAUGCACACAAUCAUCAUAUUCCUUGAGACCACCAAUGUCACGAGUGGUGGCCAUGUUGUCAGGAGAUGUUGAGGUCAGUGAUGUUAUGUCUAAACCAGGCUACCUAACCGAUUGGAGAUUCGAUGACACCACCACUACCUCUCUUAGUGGCUUUCAAACCAAAGAGACAGGCGCUACUGGCUCCAUGAUAUCACCCGGUAACAACGACUCUCAGCCAAUGCUUGGAGCCAAGAUCAAUGUUGGAAGAUGACAAUGUCUCUUCUCUGAUGGCUAUAGAUAUGUUUGUAUACAUAUGAAUAUCUUCUUCUUUUGAUUGGAAAAAAAACGUAUUUCACCUUGAUUCUAUAAACA